CUCUCUUCCGGUUUGCUAGCGAGACAGUUAGGAGACAGAACGCGAGGAACUUGAACGCCGCUCUGUUUCCGCGCCUGCGCACCUCAGCCUCCGGCGCGCGCGGAUUCCAUCAACUUGACUCGGACUUCCGUGGUUGCCGUGGCAACUGACCUGCGCGGCUCGAGAGAAUCGGAAGGAAGGAAGGACAGGUUUCCCGCCAAUUGGGCUGUUUGAUAAAGUUCUGGUAAUGGCGGACGUGCUGGAAGGGCCCCGCGUUCGCGUGGUCACCAGUCAACUGGCGCAGUCCAUCGGGAAGCCCGUUUGUUUCGUGGGGCGGCUGGAGAAGAUCCAUCCAUCUGGGAAAUACUUCUUUCUGGCUGAUGGAGAAGGGAAAACAGCAACCAUUGAGAUGAGCACACCUCUAGAAGAAGAGAUUUCUGGAGUCAUUGAAGUAGUUGGAAGAGUUACAAAACAAGUAAAUGUUCUGUGUGCUACAUACACUCAAUUCAAAGAAGAUAAAAGUGCAUUUGAUCUUGCAUUAUAUAGCGAAGCUCUGAAAAUUAUUCAUGACUUUCCGGAAUACUAUCCUUACGGUACUGACUGAUGCCUUUCAUAAUAACAAAGUGAACAAUUAUAUAUUUAAUGAAGAACUUCCCAAGAAUGAAAAACCUAUCCUUAAAAUUCAUUUGGGACAACCUGAGUGCCUAUGAUAUUGUUGGAUUUUGUGGACUUAAAUUAUGGUGCAGUGGUGAUGUAGAAGAAUAAGGGCAGAAACUUCUCAGUGGAUGAGCAUUUAAUGUCAGAUUACAACUCUGCAAGAUGUCUCUGUAAAUACAGGACAAGAUACAAAGCUCCUAUUCUGUUUGCUUUGUUUUCAUUUUGAAAUAAUACAUGGAAAGUAUCAAGAAAUUAUGAAGAACAGUUUUAUUUAAUAGGCAGUACUCCUGUAGAAACCUGGCUAUCAUGUUAGAUUAAGACGAAUAGACAAUUUAAAUAGUAGAUACCAAAGUUUUGAAAUCAGUAUUAAUGUCUGGGAAGUGAAGUAAAAGCAUAAUACAAACAAUUCAAAAUAUUAAGUUUUCCAAAGGUAUUCCUGUUUUUGGAAAGGAAACAGGAUGGAAUUUACUGCUUGUAUAAUUUAGCCUUCAUUUGAAUUUUUUUUUAAAAAGUUCCCUGUGGAGUAGAAAGAAGUUGACUAGGAUGUUGAGUAUUUAUCACAUCUUUAAUGAAGAUUUAUUAUCAAAGUUAUUAAAUUAUUUUUACACUUGUUGAUUGUCCAGAACAUGGUAUUGGGCAUUUCAUAAGCAUAUUAAAAACAAUAUUCUAAACAAAAAAUUGUUAACAUUGUUAAAUAUUUGAGAAUACAUAGUAAGAACUACUGCUUGAAACUGGGAAUAGUCCAGCCCCCGAAUAGGGAAAUAAAAUCUAAGAGGCAUCACUUCAAAAACAUCGCUGCAACAUUCCAAAUAAUGGACAGGUGACUUCAGUGACUUAAUGUUGAGAGGAUGUCAAAUUGGAAUGUGAAGUAGUAGAGUAUACAUCGAAGCAUGAGAUACAAAAAUGCAAUGUAAGCAACAGAUAAGGGGGGUCUGUCGCACAGGAACCUGAAUGGGUGAAAUGUUUAACUUAAAGUUCGGAAGUGUCGUCACUGGUGUUUAUACUUACCCCUGAGAAUGUAGAGGAUUAGAUAUGAGGCAAAAUUUGACUCUGGAAUUUAGUAACCCUCACAUUCCAAAUAAAAUUACAUUAUUAUUUUACGAAAGAAUUGAAAUGCUAAAUUUGUGUCCUACCUUGAAUUGUUACCUUAUAGACAGCUAUAGCAAUGUGUUUUGAAGAAUGGACUGUCAAGAGCUAAACCAAUAGCAAAUAUAUGUUUGCAUGAGAUGACU